AACCUUUUAACUCACAAACUUGUGAUCACACUCUUCAUCAAUCAUCAGACAUGGGAGAACUUGAUCCUACCUUCAUCCAAGAGCUCGAACACCGACCCAAACCCGCGGUAACCGAAGCCCAAGGAAUCCCGCAGAUCGAUCUAUCUGCUUUUGUAACCUCAUCUCCAGCUAACCCUAAUGCUCCAGAGAUACGUGAUUUGGUGGAUCAAAUCCGCGAGGCCAGCAGAGAUUGGGGAUUCUUUCAAGUGAUCAACCACGGGGUUCCUAUCGAGAGCCGUGAAAGGGUAUUUUCGGCUUCGAAGAGGUUUUUUGAUCUGUCGGUGGAGGAGAAGAGGAAGGUGAAACGAGAUGAAGUGAAUCCCUUAGGUUACUAUGAUACUGAACAUACGAAAAACGUGCGUGAUUGGAAAGAGGUUUUCGAUUUUACGGUGGAUCCUCCGCUGGUGAUUCCGGCUUAUGAGUCCGGUGAUGAAGAGACCUUCUUAGAGUAUCACAAUCAAUGGCCUCAACAUCCUCCAGAAUUAAGGGAGGCUUGUGAAGAGUACGUCAAAGACUUGAAAAAACUGUCAUACAAAUUACUGGAAUUGAUCUCUUUGAGCUUGAAUCUCCCUGCUAACCGGUUAGAGCCAUUUCUCAAGGACCAAACCACUUUCGUUCGGCUCAACCACUACUCACCUUGUCCCGCACCUGACUUAGCCCUUGGUGUCGGUAGACACAAGGACGCCGGUGCUCUAACCAUCUUGGCUCAAGACGAUGUAGGUGGUUUAGAAGUUAAACGGAAAACUGAUGGAGCGUGGAUCUUUGUCAAGCCUACACCAAAUGCUUUCAUUAUAAAUGUCGGGGACAUUAUUCAGGUAUGGAGCAAUGAUGCAUAUGAGAGUGUUGAGCACAGGGUGAGAGUGAACUCUACCAAAGAAAGGUUUUCAGUACCUUUUUUUGUGAACCCUGCACAUUACACCGUGGUGGAGCCGCUAGCGGAGUUGACGAAUGAGCAAAAUCCGCCAAAAUACAAGGGUUAUAACUGGGGCAAGUUCUUCGCAACGCGCAAGUAUAGUAAUUUCAAGAAACUUGAAGUCGAAAACAUACAGAUCUAUCAUUUUAAACAGCCCGAUGAGCGGAAGAUUGACGAUGUUGUUUCCCGUGUCGCGAAUGUUGUUAUAUAGGUAAGAAAAGACUAUGUUAUCUUUUCAUGUAUGAAAGAAGUUGUAGACCCUGUGUAGUUGUAACGUCGACACUAAUGAUCAAGGAGCCAAGAUUUGGGUCAAUAAUAAAAAUAUGUUUUUAUGGAU